AUUUCGAAGCAAUCUAUAUAUAAUAUGACUAUAGUAAAAUCUAUUUUCUGCCAUAAAUUCUUCGUUGAAUUAUAAUUACGUAUUAGACUACUAAACAAGAUUUUCGGAUAAAUUUGUUAUCUAUAUCGUUCGAGAUAAUCAAAGUUCAAAUUGAAAUCCUGACCCGCGCAUAGUAGAUUAAAGAAAUACGUAAUACAUAUCAAAACAAUAAGAGUAUUGGAUGGAUGUAAUGGAGGAAAGAUGGACGCCUUGACGUUCGGCUCUCACAGGCUAGUUCACUUAGAUCUCAAGGGUGCUCCGCCGCGAGUCUGUUAUUUCGAAAAGUUGUUCCCAUUGUUAAGGACAUGGGGUGCCACUGGACUUUUAUUGGAAUGGGAAGACACAUUUCCAUACAAUCGGGAGCUUUCUCAUAUAGGAAGCAAUGGAUUAAGCAGUUUAAUCAGUGGAUAUACGGUUCAGGAGGCCAGACAUAUCCUACAAAUUGCAGGAGACUGUGGUUUAGCAGUUGUUCCAUUAGUACAAACAUUUGGUCAUAUGGAGUUUGUUUUGAAACAUGAUGAAUGGAGGUCCUUGAGAGAAGUGGAGCACUUUCCAAGCUCAAUUUGUCCAUCUAAUCCAAGAACAUUGUCUUUGGUAAAGACUUUGAUUCGUCAAAUAGUUAGUUUUCAUCCAGAUAUACAGUAUUUGCACAUAGGUGCAGAUGAAGUUUGGCAUUUAGGUCUUUGCUCAGUUUGUAUAAAACGUGCUGCAUCUAGCAAAUAUGGAAAACCAUCUCUGUACCUGGAACAUAUUUUGGCUAUUGCACAAUAUGUACAAGAAACAUAUCCCUACUUAAAGAUUAUCAUAUGGGACGAUAUGUUAAGAACGAUAGAUUUACAGGUUUUGAACGAUCAUUACAUUGGGAAGUAUGUGGAACCUAUGAUCUGGCACUAUAAUCCCAGAGAUAAUUUUGCUCUACCUCAUGAACUGUGGGAUAAGUAUACUGCAGUUUUUCCCCAUAUUUGGGCUGCUACUGCAUUUAAAGGUGCUACUGGAUCUUCCCAACAUGUACCAAUUAUAAGACACCAUAUAAGCAAUCAUGAGAAAUGGUUAGAAGAAUUAAGUAUACAUGUGAAUAAAGUUCAUGAAUUUCGAGGAACGGUAUUCACUGGGUGGUCAAGGUAUGAUCAUUAUGCAACAUUAUGUGAAUUAUUGCCUACUGCAAUACCAUCACUAGCAUUAUGCUUGAAAGUCUGGCUCCAUGGUUAUUCUGAACAAAUUCACAAUCAAGUGGCUAAGAAUUUAGGAUAUAUAGAUCAUCCUUUGCAUAUAACACCACAACCAAGACCUGCUCCAAUACCUAGCAAUUUGCUUUUCCCUGGAUGGCAAGUUGCAGUAGGAGUAGAAUGGUUUUUAAAUUUUCGAACUAAAUUUCAUAAUAUUAUUUCCAGUGAGCAAAUAUCCACAUGGAUGAAUCCUUGGCAAGUCGCAAAUAAUUACACAAACCCUAUGCAGUUAGAAAAUCUAGUGCCCGCUUUUACAGAACUACUAUUAGAAUUAUCUUCCUUAGAAGGAUAUUUAAGAUUUCAGAUGGAAAGCAUUUUCUUUCCAUCAAUGAUCGAUGAAUGGAUAGGUACAAAUAUUCAGCCCAUUAAGGGGAAGCUUAUGGAAUUAAAACAAACCACGGAGAAUCAAAUCAAGAUAAAUAGUCGAGUUUAGUAUUUUAAAUAAGUAUUUGCAGAUUUCUGCUUUAGAUCUCAAUGACCAACUUCAAUACAGGAGACGAAUACGGAACGAUAGGCUGAUGAAAAGUACGAAACUAUUUAGUAAAUUGUAAAAUUUUAUCUUGUAAGUAGGUGUAGCGAAGUAAAAGUAGAUAUUAAAAAGUGAUACUCCGUGCGAUAUGCACAGGAUAUAAUUUUAUAAGAGAAGGAAUGAUUAUUUUAAUACUUGGCUUAAGGACGAAUGAACUUGUGACAAUGAUUGUCACUGAGCUUUGUCAUUUUGUGAGCUGUUCUGUGAUACUUGGCUAUGAAAGGAUUAUUGUAAUGUAAUUAAGCUCAAUGACCAUAUUUCUUGGCUAUUGUGCUUAUCACAUAUGCUUCUAACUAUCUGCGUUUCUUAUUAUAUCCAUAGUAUGUGCAAAUAUUUUUUGUACUCGAUUUAGAGAUAUCUCUUUGAAAAUUUGUCAAAACUUAUAUUGAUCAGCUAUAAAAAAAUUUUAU